UUAAGUCGCUACUCCAUUGGUGGAUCCUCUUAUUCUCUUGCAUUCUAACACCAAGGAAACCCAAAGAAAAGAGAGGCAAAUUAAGAAGAAAGGAGGGAAGAUCUUAGGCUUUUUGUUGUUUCUUUCUCUUGAGAAGAAAGGAAAAGAGAUCGAGAUGGGGAAUUGCAUCGACCACCAGAAGGCGGCGACGUGGGUGGACGACGACGACGACGACGACGACUGGGAGUCGGCUGAGGGUGCCAUGCAUUAUUCGAGAAAGGAGAAGGCUCGAGAGGUGGUGGUGGACAAGGAGAAGGGAUUGCUUGAGGGGAAAGGAGGGGUGGCGUCGACCGAAGUGAAGGUGAAAAUUAGCAAGAAGCAGCUGGAGGAGCUGCUACAAAGAGUUGAGGGCAAAGGGUUGCCAAUCCAGCAGGUCUUGACAGAUCUAUUGAGCCUGGGUGAGGUUGCUCUUCAAGAACGCACACAGCACUGGAGACCGGCCCUACAAAGUAUACCAGAGUCUCCUGAGCAGAAAUGGAUGGUAUAGGCUAGCUUCAUGAUGUUGCUGAUGAUGAUGAUGCUGAUGAUAAUUUUCUCCUUUUUUUUUUUAUCUCAUCGUGUAUUAUUUUGGACUUAGGUGGCAUCCUUUUAACCCCAUUUCUCCUUAGAGUGUUAGCUAGUUUGUAUAUUUUAGGCUAGGUAAUGUAUGGAGGAGGAAUGGAGCUCCUUUUUUCUGGCCUUUUGGCCCUGUCGAUUGUAUACAUACCCGUUGAGCACAUAUAUUAUCACAUAUGAUUAGGUCCUCUC